CUUUGUUCCCACCGGCUGUGUGGCCAUAAAGAAACUUUGGCGUGUCGUAAAAAGGCCGCAAGUAACAGAGCUUUGGCAGACGGCUGCGAAUCCAUUUUAGACGCCGUCUCUGCUGCGAAAAGUUGAAAGAACCUGUUGCUCGUUCCAGUGGCGCUGCCGCUGCGCCCGGCGCUCGCUGUCGGCCGGCCGGCCUCUCGGGCGCGGUGACCGGGCCGCGGGGCGGCGGCCGCGCGAUGCGGCCCCUGGACGCGGGAGGAGCGGGAGCCCGAGGAGGACUGGGAGAGGCUCCUGAGCCGGCGCUCGACGCCGCCCGCCGCGACGUCGCCGCCCUCGAGCGCGAGCACGUGCGCGCGCACGUGCGCGCGCGCAGGAAGCUGCUGGAGAUCGAGAGCCUGCUGGACGCCGUCACGAGCGAGGUGGAGGCCUCGGAGGAGCGCGCCCUGGAGCCCGGCCGGAGCCCGGGCGCCGAGGCGGAGCAGAGGGUGAGGAAGCUGUGCGAGAAGGUGGAGAAGAAGGCCGCGGAGGCCGCGCUGAUGGGGCAGCGGCUCGUGGAGCUCCACCGGCAGAUCGACGGCUGCGAGUUAUCCACUGAUGGACUCCGUUCAGCUGACAUGAGGUCAGAGUUCUGCAAGAGAGAAGACACUACUUGGCUGCAGCUGCUGAAGCAGGAACCCAGGCCCCAGUCGAGGGGGUGGAUGCCACUACUUUGUUGGAUAAGAUUGAGAAGGCCCAGAGGACUCUUGGGCAUGGAGAGUGGUGGUGUAUGAAUUCUGGGAUUCUGCAGUGUCACAUCAAAGGAGGAGACCUGUGUUCUUUUGGUUUUCUGUGUUUAUUUUUUUGAGAAAUGUAGUUUUCCUGUGGCAUGUUAACUGGUGCACAUCAUGUAACCUGUCUGGUGAGUAACCUAGAAUAAGGGAUGAGUUCUAGGUACUACAUGUAUUGCUGACUUUGGGGUAAACUUUUUAAAAUGCAUU